CGGCCGGCCCGGGACAUGGACGGAGCCCGCAGCGGGGCGCCCGGCCGCGUCCUGCCGAGGUGGCGGCUGCUGGGGGCCCUGGCCCUGUGGCUCCUGGCCGAGAGCGUCCUGGCGGGCGUGAAGAAGUUCGAUGUGCCCUGCGGCGGGAGAGACUGCAGCGGGGGCUGCCAGUGCUACCCCGAGAAAGGAGGGCGGGGCCAACCCGGGCCAGUGGGCCCCCAGGGGUACAGCGGCCCCCCCGGGCUGCACGGCUUCCCAGGACAGCCGGGCCACAAAGGCGACAAGGGUGAACGGGGCGCUCCCGGGAUCACAGGACCCAAAGGAGACGUGGGAGCAAGAGGCGUCUCUGGGUUCCCUGGAGCUGACGGAAUUCCUGGACACCCCGGACAGGGCGGCCCCAGAGGGAGGCCCGGCUACGACGGCUGCAAUGGCACGACGGGGGACGCAGGCCCGCAGGGGCCCUCCGGCACCGGGGGCUUCCCCGGCUCACCCGGACCCCAAGGACCCAAAGGGCAGAAAGGCGAGCCCUACGCACUGUCCAGCGAGGAGCGCGACAGAUUCAGGGGUGAACCCGGAGCGCCCGGGCUGGUGGGAAUCCAGGGCCCGCCUGGCCGCCCCGGGCCCGUGGGGCAGAUGGGUCCCGUCGGCGCGCCCGGGAGACCGGGCCCCCCAGGACCCCCUGGACCAAAAGGACAGCCGGGCAACAGAGGACUUGGUUUUUACGGAGGAAAGGGUGAAAAGGGUGAUAUGGGCCUGCCGGGGCCCAACGGGGUCCCCUCGGACAUGGAUCAAGACGCCAUCAGCGGGCCCGAGAAGGAGACAUUUGACCUGGAGCAGUACAAGGGCGAGAAAGGCAGCGAGGGGGACCCGGGGAGAAUAGGCCUGGACCUGAAGGGAGAAGAAGGCAUCGUGGGCUUCCCCGGACCGAGGGGCGCCCCUGGCUUUGACGGCGAAAGAGGCCUCCCAGGACAAAAGGGAAGCAGAGGACCGGAUGGCUACCAAGGGCCUGACGGACUGCCUGGACCCAAGGGAGAAGCGGGCGACCGCGGCCCCCCGGGCCCACCCUCCUUCUUGCCCCACCCGUCCCUGGUCAAAGGUGCCAGAGGAGACCCAGGAUUUCCAGGGGUCUAUGGGGAGCCAGGGAGUCAGGGUCAGCCAGGAGACCCCGGUCCACCAGGACUCCCCGGCACACCCAUCAGCCUCGAAGAUGACAAGAGAGGCUUCCCGGGCGAAAUGGGACCCAAAGGCUUCAUAGGAGAACCAGGCAUCCCUGCACUGUACCCCGGCCCACCAGGGACGGACGGACGACCCGGAUUCCAAGGCCCACCCGGCCCCGCUGGCGACCCCGGGCCAGAUGGCUACCUGUUUGGCCUUAAAGGAUCGACGGGGCGGGUGGGCUACCCCGGUGCCUCUGGAUUCCCCGGCGCCCGCGGACAGAAGGGCUGGAAAGGCGAAUCCGGGGACUGCAAGUGCGAGGACGGGGACGUCAGGGGGCUCCCGGGGCUGCCCGGACCCAAGGGCUUUCCAGGCUUCAACGGCGAGCCGGGGAGGAAAGGAGGCCACGGAGACCCCGGCCAGCACGGCAUCCCUGGGUUCCCCGGGUUCAAGGGAGCUCCUGGGGCGAGCGGCCCUCCGGGGCCCAAAGGCGCGAAGGGAGACUCCAGAACAAUCACCACCAAAGGUGAGCGUGGACAGCCGGGGAUCCCGGGCGUGCCGGGCCUGAAGGGAGACGACGGCUUCCCGGGGCGUGCCGGGCUCGACGGCUUCCCGGGCAUGCCGGGGCCCCCGGGCGACGGCAUCAAAGGCCCCCUUGGGGACCCGGGUCUCCCCGGAGUUCCGGGCACCAAGGGCAUCCCAGGAGAAAGGGGACCCCCCGGAUUCGGCUUGCCGGGCCCCAAAGGCGAGCGUGGAUUCCCCGGAGACGCCGGCUUACCUGGACCACCAGGCUUCCCCGGCCCCCCCGGCCCUCCCGGCCCCCCAGGACCAAUCGAUUGCGAGGACGGCGUGAAGAGGCCCAUCGGGCAGGAGAUCGUCCGGCCAGGCUGCGUCGGAGGGCCCAAGGGGUCGCCAGGCCAGCCAGGACCCCCCGGCCCCACAGGUGCCAAAGGCCUCCGAGGGACACCAGGAUUCUCAGGUGCUGACGGAGCCCCAGGACCCAAGGGCCUCCCGGGAGAACCAGGUCGCGAGGGGUUUCCAGGACCCCCAGGCUUUGUGGGACCCCGAGGAUCCAAAGGCGCAGUGGGCCGCCCCGGCCUGGAUGGACAGCCGGGUCCCAGUGGCCUGCCAGGCCCGGUCGGGCCCCCUGGAGAUAGGGGCCUCCCCGGAGAGGCCCUGGGAGCACAGCCAGGGCCCCGGGGCGACGCUGGGCUGCCUGGACACCCUGGACUGAAAGGCCAGCCGGGAGAGAGAGGCCCGCCUGGAUUCACCGGGAGCCAGGGCAUGCCCGGGAUGCCAGGGCUGAAGGGGCACUACGGCUUCCCGGGCCCCGCGGGCCAGCCAGGACUGCCCGGGCCGCCAGGACUGCACGGCUUCCCUGGAGCUCCCGGCCGGGAGGGGCCCUUGGGGCUGCCAGGGGCCCCAGGCUUUGGAGGCCUGCCCGGAGACAGAGGGGACCCGGGGGACGUGGGCGCCCCCGGACCUGUGGGCAUGAAGGGGCUCUCCGGCGACAGAGGAGACCCGGGUUUGCUGGGCGAGAGGGGUCAACCUGGAAACCCCGGAUUUAAAGGCAUGGUCGGGAUGCCCGGCACCCCCGGGCUGAAAGGGGGCAGGGGCUCCCCCGGCAUGGACGGCUUCCAAGGCAUGCUCGGACUCCAAGGACGGCCUGGUUUCCCGGGUAUCAAAGGCGAAGCUGGAUUUUUUGGCGUCCCGGGGCAGAAGGGCCUGGCGGGCGAGCCAGGGGUUAAAGGCAGCCGUGGAGACCCCGGCCCCCCAGGACCACCUCCCAUCAUCCUGCCUGGAAUGAAAGACAUCAAAGGGGAGAAAGGAGACGAAGGCCCCAUGGGACUGAAAGGGUACCUGGGCUUAAAAGGUGUUCCAGGAAUGCCGGGGAUCCCCGGGACCUCGGGAUCCCCAGGGCUGCCCGGGAGGCCCGGUUACAUCAAGGGUGUCAAAGGCGACAUCGGCGUGCCUGGCGUGCCUGGCUUACCAGGCUUCCCCGGGGUGCCCGGCCCCCCCGGAAUCAUAGGCUUCCCGGGGUUCACAGGAAGCAGGGGCGACAAGGGUGCUCCGGGCCGGGCCGGCCUGUACGGCGAGAGCGGCCCCACGGGCGACUUCGGUGACAUUGGCGACACCAUCGAUCUCCCAGGAAGCCCAGGCCUGAAGGGGGAGCGGGGCAUCUCUGGAGUGCCAGGUCUGAAGGGCUUCUCCGGAGAGAAGGGGACGCAGGGUGAGGUCGGCUUCCCAGGCAUCACGGGCAUGACGGGCGCCCAAGGCCCCCCCGGGCUCAAAGGCCAAACAGGCUUUCCAGGACAGACGGGGCUGCAGGGGCCGCAGGGGGACCCGGGACGGGUCGGGCUGCCGGGCCGCAAAGGAGAUUAUGGUUGGCCGGGGACCCCCGGCUCCCCAGGUUCUCCGGGCUCCCGCGGCAUCGGCGGACUCCACGGCCUGCCGGGCACCAGAGGCUUCCCGGGAUCGCCAGGUGCGGACCUCCACGGAGACCCGGGCUUCCCAGGCCCCACUGGGGACAGGGGCGAGCCAGGAGCGGCCAACACCCUUCCAGGCCCAGCCGGAGCCCCGGGAUCCCAGGGGGAGCGAGGCGUGCCAGGGCAGCGAGGCCCUGUCGGGAGUCCAGGACUUCGGGGGUUUCCAGGCAUCACCCCUCCUUCCAACAUCUCGGGGUUACCUGGAGACGUAGGGAUGCCCGGGAUAUUUGGCCCGGAAGGUUAUCGGGGUCCCCCAGGGCCACCGGGGCCUCCUGCUUUUCCUGGAAGCAAAGGAGAUGAGGGGAACCCAGGAGCUCCAGGGAACCCAGGGUCCAAAGGAUGGGGCGGGGACCCUGGCCCCCAGGGCCGGCCCGGCGUGUUCGGCCUCCCAGGAGAAAAAGGACCCAGAGGGGAACAAGGGUUCAUGGGAAACACGGGCGCCAGCGGCAGCGUGGGCGACCGAGGCCCCAAGGGCCCCAAGGGAGACCGAGGGCGCCCCGGUGCUCCCGGCACUGUGGGAGCCCCCGGCAUCGCAGGGGUCCCCCAGAGGAUCGCAGCCCUGCCUGGCCCAGCAGGGCCCCAGGGACGGAGAGGCCCCCCGGGGGCGCAGGGAGAGAUGGGGCCCCGCGGUCCCCCAGGAGAUCCAGGCUUCCGCGGGGAUCCAGGAAAGGUGGGACCCCAGGGACGGGGCGGCGUGUCUGCUAUUCCCGGAUUUCGUGGGGACCCAGGGCCCAUGGGAAACCAGGGCCCAGUUGGCCAGGAAGGGGAGCCCGGCCGCCCCGGCAGCCCUGGCCUGCCUGGCAUGCCCGGCCGCAGCGUCAGCAUCGGCUACCUGCUGGUGAAGCACAGCCAGACGGACCAGGAGCCCAUGUGCCCGGUGGGCAUGAACAGGCUGUGGAGCGGCUACAGUCUGCUGUACUUCGAAGGCCAGGAGAAAGCCCACAACCAGGACUUGGGGCUGGCCGGCUCCUGCCUGGCGCGCUUCAGCACCAUGCCCUUCCUGUACUGCAACCCGGGCGACAUCUGCUACUACGCCAGCCGCAACGACAAAUCCUACUGGCUGUCCACCACCGCCCCGCUGCCCAUGAUGCCUGUGGCCGAGGAGGAGAUCAGGCCCUACAUCAGCCGCUGCUCCGUGUGCGAGGCCCCGGCCGUGGCCAUCGCCGUGCACAGCCAGGACGUGUCCAUCCCCCACUGCCCAGCUGGGUGGCGCAGCCUGUGGAUCGGGUACUCCUUCCUCAUGCACACGGCCGCAGGCGACGAGGGAGGCGGCCAGUCGCUGGUGUCACCGGGCAGCUGCCUGGAGGACUUCCGGGCCACGCCCUUCAUCGAGUGCAACGGCGGCCGCGGGACCUGCCACUACUACGCCAACAAGUACAGCUUCUGGCUGACCACCAUCCCCGAGCCGAGCUUCCAGGGCUCGCCCGCCGCCGACACGCUCAAGGCCGGGCUCAUCCGCACCCACAUCAGCCGCUGCCAGGUGUGCAUGAAGAACCUGUGAGGGGCCCCGCCCCUGGUGCUAGCUCAGAACUCAUUACCUCAGGCGCCGGCCCGAAACCGCCUUGCUGCCCCCGAUGGUGGACGGCGGCCACGGGACUCGGCGCAGCUGUCCCCAUAGCCACUCGUCACCACAGCCCCGGCCACGCUGACCCCCCAGAGCUACUAACCCGCCCAGCACCCCUCAGGCCGCCCAUGCUGCAGGCGCCGGUGCCCUAGCCCGACAGCACCCGCAUCAUCACGGCUGCCAGACAUGCCAUGCGCUCGGUGGGCAGGACAGCGGGGGAGCUGUGCCAGCGGGUCCCCUCCCCACGGAGGGUCUCGAUCCGGGCCUGGCACUGCUGUCUCCACGCCCAGUCCCUGCGUGUCCUCCUGGCCCCCGAAAGGACCACUCUGUGCCUUCCCUGACCCGUCCCGCAUCCGCCCGGGCUGGGGCUGGCAAAGCCGGGGAGGCGGAGGCCCAGGCGGCACGGGGCAGUGGGAAUGGGCCCCCCCCCCAGUGCUGGGUCCCGGGCCGCCGUUCCCUGUGGGGAGCUGUGCCCGCCUGUCGGGUGUCCCCACCACCAAUAAAAGUUUGUUUCUAACAUUU